ACGAACCUCAAACCAGGAAAGCACGACCGUGGACCGCUCAGACGUGGUUGAAACGUACACACUUUUUCGAAGCUUUGAGUUUGUUGUGCUGCUGCCUUCCAGCUCUAAUCAGCUGUCAAAUAUAGUUCAAGUUCUGAGUUGAGCAACCAGCCUCUCGUUGGAGCAGAUCAUGGCGACGAGUGAAAACGAAAGUGAGCCCCCAGUUAAGGUGCGACAUCCAGCCAAAAUUAGCACCUCAGAUGACAAAUCAGCAAAAGAAAAGGUGGAAUCCGGCACGAAAGUUGAUCUCAACUGGUGGAUCCUGUUCGGGGCGAUCCUCGUGCUGACGGUGGGCACCCGGUUUUACAAUGUGACCGUCCCGGACCACGUUUGCUGGGACGAGACGCACUUUGGCAAGAUGGGCAGCUGGUACAUCAACCGGACGUUCUUCUUCGACGUGCACCCACCGCUGGGCAAGAUGCUGAUCGGGCUUUCCGGGUAUUUGACCGGGUACGAUGGGAAGUACCCGUUCGACAAGCCGGGGGACAAGUACAACGGGACGCACUACGAGGGGAUGCGGAUUUUCUGCACCGCCCUUGGCGCCGCCAUCGUCCCGAUGUCCUUCCACACGGUGUGGGACAUGACGGGAUCGCUCACGGCUUCCGCGUUUGCCGCCGCCUACAUUCUGUUCGACAUUGGGAUGCUCAUCCUGAACCGGUACAUCCUGCUGGAUCCACCGCUGAUCUUUUUCAUGACCGCCUCGGUCAUGGGAAUGGCUCGGGUUUCCAAGUUGACCCGGGAGGGUCACAGCUUUGGAUCCAGUUGGUGGAGUUGGCUCAGCUUCACCGGAGGUAUGCUGGCCUGUACGAUCAGCGUGAAGUUCGUGGGGUUGUUUGUGGUGCUGCUCGUUGGACUCCACACGGCUUCGGAUCUCUGGGACGUCCUCGGGGACUUGAGCAGACCGAUUUGGUACACGGUGAAGCAGCUGGCUGCUCGAGCACUGACCUUGAUCGUUCUCCCGAUCGUGCUGUACGCCACUUUCUUCUACAUUCACCUGGCGGUCCUCAACCACUCCGGCAGUGGAGAUGGAUUCUACAGCUCGGGAUUCCAGUCGAACCUCGUCGGAAACUCGCUGUACAACGUGUCGAUGCCUCGGCAGGUCGCGUACGGAGCGAUCGUAACGCUGAAGAACCACAAAACCGGAGGCGGUUACCUGCACUCCCACAACCAUCUCUACCCGAAGGGAUUUGGAGCGCAGCAGCAGCAGGUCACCACGUACAGCCACAAGGACGAAAACAACAAGUGGAUUUUGAAGCCGUACAACGAGCAGAGUACGGCCAAUGUGACCGUGGUCAAGCACGGGGAUUUGAUCCGGCUGGAGCACGUGCCAACGGGGAGGAAUUUGCACUCGCACCGGGAACAGGCGCCAGUGACGAAGAAGCACAUGCAAGUCACGUGCUAUGGGGAGACCGGUGUCGGUGACUCGAACGACGUGUGGCAGGUUCGAAUCCUGGGUGGGCGCGAUGGAGACGUUGUAGAAACCGUAACGAGCCGGCUGGUGCUGUACCAUUACAUCGAACGGUGCGUGCUGACGACCACGACCAAGCAACUGCCGAAGUGGGGCUUCGAGCAGCAGGAGGUCACAUGCAAUCCGAACAUCCGGGACCGGGCCGCCGUGUGGAACGUGGAGGACAACCAGUUUGACAAAUUGCCGAGCGUAAACUUUCAAGUGUACGCACCUGGCUUCCUAAGUCGGUUCUUCGAGUCGCACGCCGUCAUGCUGCAGGGCAAUUCGGGGUUGAAGCCCAAGGAGGGGGAAGUUACGAGCCGACCCUGGCAGUGGCCGAUCAAUUACAGGGGUCAAUUCUUCUCCGGUUCAGAGCAUCGCGUCUAUCUGCUGGGCAAUCCCGUCAUCUGGUGGAGCAAUCUGGCCUUUCUGGCGCUGUUUGUAGUGGUCUUCCUGGUGGAGGUCGUCAAGCAGCAGAGGGCUGGGGAUCAAUCCGAGACCGGUAAUGGGGAAAAUGACUUCAAGUGGCGAUCUCUGAGGGCUUCUUUGUGGCUUUUUGGCGGUUGGAUUUUGCACUAUUUGCCAUUUUAUGCCAUGGGACGAGUUCUGUACUUCCACCACUACUUUCCGGCACUGGUGUUUAACUCAAUGCUAGCAGGUGUGAUGCUGGACUACCUGACGGCGAGGUUCCCCACCUGGCUGCGCCACACCGUCCUCGGGGUCGCUCUGGCCGGGCUCGUGUACAGUUUUGCGCUGUUUUCCCCGCUGGCGUACGGCAUGAACGGGCCGUUUUCCCACGAGCCCAACUCGACCGUGGCCGGCCUCAAGUGGCUGGAUUCGUGGGAGUUCUGAAGAGGUUGUUGAAGUAGAAGGACGAGCUUGAUUGAAUCUCGAGAGAUUUGCAUUAGAUUUGAAUGUUUAGUUUAUUUGGACAUCGCUGAAGCUUGCCAGCAUUGUGGAUGAAGAAUUCGAUUUUAGUCAGAAAAGUAUCCAUAGUAAUAAAUAAAUACUCGAAUUUUUACAAAAAA